UUAUUCAAUUUAUCUAAAAAUAAGAUAUGAGUGACUUUACAGAGACAGUAAAGAAAGCAUACGAGCUGUACUUGCUCGGCCAGGAGAAAGAAGCAUUUUCAUUGCUGAUUAAGGGAACAAAACACCAUUAUUACCUCUCGAUUGUCGAUGAUCUAAAGAAACAAAAGCAUACACUUUCUGAAGAGACUAAGAAGAAGAUAGAGAAUUUCAGAAACAACUUCCAUGACCAAGAUGUUGAUAGGUUAUGGAUGCAGAAACUGUUCUUGGAGUAUGACGGUGCUAAAGACGAGAAGGAAAGACAAGCCCUCAUUGAGAGAAUCGAUAGAGACUACUUAUACUCGAAUUUCCACCAUAGUAAGCCUGCUGACGUUAUCAGAAAGAAGGCUGAUGAGCAUGAAGAAUCUAAGCUUGAGACUAAAGAAUUUGACCAAUCCGCCCAUUUCAAUGAAGAUGUCUAUCUUGACGGUGUUCACAAUGUUCCAGGGCAAUUGUAUAGCCUCCAUCCCGUGUUCUUCAACAAGGUUGACUUUAGGAAGAUCCCUCAAGAAGACUUCUGGGGAUUCUUGUCUACACCAACCACUUUUGCACCAAUUAACAACGAAUCUUUUUGGAAUAAGCUGAUAGAGACAAUCAACCAAAAAUACAAGACCAAUAUCCAUUUUAGGGUCGACCAAUAUCUUUUCGAUAAGUUCACUUUGGAUCAACUUGAGAUCCUGGGAGAGUCAGUUCCUCAAUUGAAGGACGAUCCUCACUAUAUUGGAAAGAUAUUUGAGAAAAAGUUUCACUUUGAGCUUGAUAGCGAAAACAAAGAUACGUUCACCUAUGAGGAGAGAAGAGAACAGCUAAUUAUGAUGUACAAGGCUAGUGAGAAUAGGCCUCAGAGUUUCAAGUCAGCCCUCCUUCUUGAAAUCCUUGAGAAUGGAAUCAAACUUAAUACAUUUGACAAAGGAUUUUUCAUCGAGUAUCUCAAGAAUCCACUUAAAAAUUGGCAUAUCAGCAAGAAGAAUCAAAGAAGACAGGAACUGCAUGAUCAUGUCUGGUCUCAAUACAUGAGCAACCUUAAAAACAGGGCUGCAGGAGCCAUGGAUUAUGAAUCUGACAGAAAACUAUACAAGAAAUAUCUGGAGCACUUCUUUACAGAAGAAUCAAAUCUGGACGAGUUCAAAGAAUUCUUUGAUAAAGAUUUCUUAGUCGACCUCCUUGAAGAAUUCUUGUACCUAUCUGGCAAAGAGUUGGAAAAAGAAAAGACUGACUUGAAGAAAUUUGAGAAUCUGUCUAACCAGGUACUGAUAGACCUUCUCGAAUGUAACAAGGACGUCUUUAAGAAGGAAGAAAGAGUCAAGAUAAUUGCUGAUAUUAAGAACGUCCAGACACUCCAUGUUAAGAUCUUUGAGUUCAACAGCGAAAAUUACUACAGGAAAAAUCUGGCUCCUUUCAGAACUGAUGUAGAUCUUGAUGGAUUAGUAACUGCUCAUGAGGAUAAGUAUGACUUUGAUGAGCCUCCUCAGAAGAAGUUCAGAAAAGUCUUUGAGUUCAACCAGCUUGAUGAUAGAGUCGGCCUCUUUGUUAUUGAGUUCAUUUCAAAUGGAUACAGCUCAAGAGCUGUCAUCAAGAAAGGUACUCUAUCUCUGAUUUUCAAAUCUACUGCUGUCGGUCAAGUUGGAUAUAUUUUGGACGAAAACCAAGAGAUCUGCAAGGGAGAAAGAACUGGACUUUGGUUCCAAAACCAAUACUUUAAGACUGACUGCGAAAAUGGUAGAGUCAUCAUCCCUUAUGCUAAGCAAGAGGUAUCUGACAAAGUUAUCUUGAUCCACGAAGAAUUCGCCCAACUUACAGAAUUUAGGAGAAGAUGAGAGUCAUACUCCUUCAAUGUAUCCUACAUUGUUAACCAUGAGAGUUUGCUAAUGGGAAAGGAAGCUAAGAUCUUGAUGAAGCCUAUCCUCAAAGUAAACGAUAGGAAAUGCAACUUGAGUAUUUUGAAGAACACUAAAAUAACUCUUGCAACUACGUCAUUCAUAGAUUCUUUGGUUUCAACAAAGACUUUUGAUAAUAUCCAACCAAACGCUCAGGAGGAGCUGAUGAUCAAUUUCCAAGUCCCCCCAAAUCUUCAGAGCAUUGAUAUCUCCAUAGAGACAGAGGCUAAGAAUAUCUCAAAGGGAACUACAGAGAAGCUAACUAGUAGUCACUCCGUGACUUUAGAUACAAAGGGUGGUAGUAAUACCUUCUAUGAUGCGUAUCUAAGAAAAUUCAAAGGAUCUUAUUAUUACUAUCUCUUAGGCAAGAACGGAGAGCCUUUGGUUGACUCAAGUGUGAAUCUUUCUUUCAAUCAUAACCUUGUCCCUAACUCGACUAGCACUAUCCUCAAUACAGAUAAGGAUGGAAAGAUCAAACUGGGUCCAUUGAAAGAUAUUACUUAUGUAUCCACUGACUUCAAUGGACCAAAUGGAUCUUGUUCGAAUUCUUUCAACAUUCUGAAUUACUCUGAGAAGGUGGUACUACCAAGAACUCGAAAUAUAUUGGUCGAUGAGAGGAUCGACUUCCCAUUCAUCUGUAGCAGAGACUUCUCUGAAGAUACAGUGACCUUAGUCAGGAAAAGUAGAGAAGGAAGAACUAUUGAAAAUUGCUUUAACAAGAUCUCUUAUAGUAAGAAGGAUGGGUACCAAUAUGGAGAGAUCUCCAUCUCUGGUCUUGAACGAGGACACUAUGAGUUAGCCUUCACUGCCACAGGAGACUUCAUAGAGAUUACUGUACAUAAAGGAGUUUAUUGGGAGAACGAUUCUUUCAUUCUGAAGGAUCAUAGUCUUGUUGAAAGAAGAGAAACUGAGAAUAUUAUCCGUAUCUCUGACAUCGGUAUUGAAGAACAAAAAGAAAACGGACACAAGUUCUCAUUCAAAUUAAAUGAUUUCAAGGAGAAUACCAGAGCUCAUGUCUUUGGAUUUACCUUUAUGCCACAAGACUUACUGAGUGACUUCUAUAGCAUUUCUGAUAUUGAGAGAGACUAUAGUAUUUGCGACAUCUUCCCAUUCGCUAAGUGGAAAAAUAUCUUCUUGUCCAAUAGAAAAUUGGGUGACGAAUUCAGAUAUGUGUUUGACAGAAAAUUCCUGAAAAGAUUUAUGGGAAACACUCUUGAUAGACCCCAACUCUUGUUGAACAGACAUAGACUUAGAGAGACUAGGUUUGACGAAGAGGUAGUAUAUAAAAGCAGAGAGAACGUAGGAGGGUAUGAAAUUCAACAACAGCGACUUGCGGCUCCAGCAUCAAGUGGCUACGCAAGAAAUGCUGCUCCACAAAUGCAACAAAUGAUUGGCAGAGGAGGUGGCUAUGGUGCAAACGCAUUCUGUAACAUAGCUCCAGAUAUGAUGACUCAGAACUGUGCUCCAAUGGCUGAAAGUAUGAACUUCAAUCAAAUGAAUUAUGAUAGUUACUGUCCUCCUGGAAAUCAGUCCUAUAAAUCAUUUUUGAACUUCUUGAAUACUUCUCCUACUCUGAUUGAAAAUUUGAGACCAAACGAAGAUGGAGUAGUAGAAUGCUCAAUUGAUGUUGAGAAGUACUCCUCAAUUCUGGUCUUUGCUUUCGAUGAGAACACCAUUGCUCAAUCCAUAGUAGAUGUGCAAGAAUCCUUGGAGAAUGUCAAUAAGAGAGAUCUUUCUCUGUCAGCUCCUCUAGAUCCAGAGAAAGCAUAUAAUGAAAUGAGAAACUCAAAUCUUUUGAAGAAGGGUGAAAGCGACAUUAUUGAAGAUAUCACAAGUACUGAGUACCUCCUGGUAGAUUCCCUUGGGAAGAUCAUGCAAGUUCAGGAUGAGAUUGUAAAGAUGAACGGAAGGAGGACUGCAACUGGUGAUUUUGCAUUCAUUAAGACCUGGAACACUUUGAGCGGAGAAGACAAGAACAAGAAGUAUAGCAGAUAUAUGAGUAACGAGCUGAAUUUCUUCCUCUACUUUAAAGAUAGAGAGUACUUUAACAAAGUUGUAGCUCCAUUUAUUGACAAUAAGCUUGAAAAGGGAUUUGUUGACUAUUGGCUGCUGGGAGACCAUCAGAAAGUCAUCAGUUACAAAGAUUGAGACUCUUUCUAUAAGCUCAACGCUUUUGAGAAGUGCCUAUUGAUCUCUGAGGUUGUCAAGGAGGAUAACGAAGAGGCUCAAGCUCUGGCAGACUAUAUUAAGCUUAUUGCCGAGAGAGAUGAACCUGAUGCUGAGCACUUAAAUAGACUUUUUGAUUCUGUCAUCAAUCUGAACAAUAAUCUCGAUAUUUCUGAAGUCCCAAUACCUGGAUCUGGAUUUGAUUUUGGUGGAGGAGCAUCAUCAGCAAUUCAUGCACCACCAGCACCACCAGCACCACCUUCAAAUGCAUUGUUUGGAAGACAGGAGAUGAUGAGAAGUCAAGAUUUAGCAUUUUCAAACGAUGAAUCUAAUUCUGGAGGAAUUAUGAAAUCAAUCCAGAGUGCUUUUGGAGGAAUCCAGAAAAUGGCUAGAAAUUCAAGAGCAGCUCCUAUGAAAAAGAAAAUGAAAGCUGCAAGUUAUGAUGAUUAUAAGAGUGAUGAAGAAGAAAUGAUAAGAAGAAGGGCCAAGAUGCAAUUCCAAGAAGCUGAAGCUGCAGUAGAGUAUUGUGAGACUCAUUACUAUCAGAGCCCUGAGAUUCAUUACAACAUAAUCAAUGAAAACUUGUUCUGGAGAGACUUCUCUCAGCACAUUGUGAAGGAAGGCUCUGUUGAAAACUUCCUUUCCUCUAACUUCAUUCUUGCCGUCGGAAAUAAUACUGAAAAUAUUGCUGCUUUAUCAGUAUUGGCACUUCCAUUCCAAUCUCCAGCUGAUGGAACUAAAGAACAUGGAGGUAAAGGUGUUGAAAUCAAUGCUGUUGAGAAUCUGAUCUUACUCAAGAAAGAAAUUAAAGAAGCUGAAACUGAUCUCAGCAAUGAUUUGCUAGUAAUUCACAGGUUCUUUGAUCCUAACAACAGAAAUUCUGGAAAGAUCACUGAGUUCUUAGUGAACAAGGUUUACCAAAUAGAGACCAUCAUCACAAACGUUUCAAGCGAAAUCAAGGAAUUCCAAAUUUUAUGGCAGAUUCCUGAAGGAUCAUUGCCAUUAGGAAGGACUAAUUACCAGAAGUCUGAGAAUAAAUCGUUGAAUUCGUACUCUACAACUACGUUCUCGUACUAUUUCUACUUCCCAAGUUCAGGGAAAUUCUCUCAAUUCCCUGCUAACAUCACCAUUGACAACAAGGUGGUUGCAAGAGCCAAUAAGUGAGAAUUUGAUGUUGUUGAAGAGAGAACAGAGGUCUCUAAUGAAACCUUCAGAGAUAUUCUUCACGGUGGCAACGACGAAGAAAUUCUCGAAUUCCUGAAGACUGCUAAUCUCUACAAAGGCGAGAAAGGAUUCAGUUUCUAUGACAUCCUUUGGAAAAUGAAGGAUAAAGAUUUCUUCAUUAAGACAACUGAUAUCCUGAGAGAAAGAAAGAUCUAUGAGAGAGAAAUCUGGGGAUACUCUGCUUAUCAUAAAGACCACAAGACGUUCUCAGAAUUGGUGAGCAAUAGUGACCUUCCUUACAGAGUUGGAACAUUCUUUGAGAGUGGAUUGAUCAAGUGUAGCCCUGAACUAAGCGGGUUCAAGCAUCUAGACUACUUCCCAAUGAUCAACUCUAGAGCUCAUAAGUUAGGUGAUUUAACUAACUCUGCUAUUCUGAAUGUUGAAUUGAGGAAUACUUACAACAGAUUACUAUUCACACUAGCUGAGAAAGAGAGACUUGACAAUAAUGAUUAUCUGAACUUGACUUACUACUACCUUCUUCAGGAUAGAAUCAAUGAGGCAAUUUCCAUCUUUGAGAAGGUAAAUCCUGAUGACUUCGAUACCCCUGGAACCCUUAAGAUGCAGUAUGAUUACAUGAGAGCUUACCUUGACUUCUUUACUGGAGAAGAGACAGGAUUUAAGGUUGCUAAAAUGAUCUCAAAGAAGUAUGCUGACUAUCCAAUUCUGUCUUGGAAGGUCCUCUUCACUGAAAUCCUCGAUCAGCUUGAAGAAUUUGAAGAAGGUGUUGACUACGAUCAAGAAAUUGAUAAUACUGAUGAGACUAAGAAGAAGGCCAACCUGAAGAAGAGCAUCAAUCUCGAACCUACUUUACAUUGCGAGUUAGAGGGAAAGACUGUUAAGGUUGAGUAUAACAAUAUUCCAAAAAUUUUAGUCAAAUACUAUGUGAUCGACCCAGAAGUUAUGUUCUCAAGAACACCAUUCUUGAACCAGAGCACUGAAGACUUUGCUUAUGUCAAGCCUAUGGAUACUCAAGAAGUAGUUUUAGAUAAAAAGCUGAAGACACAGACAUUUGAGAUCAUUGAGAAAUUGCAGAACCAAAACCUUGUGAUCGAAAUUUCAGGAGAGGCCAAACAAGCCUUCUUGACUUACUUCUCUACAUCAUUGAAAAUCUCUAUUAAUGAGAACUUUGGUGAGCUCAAGGUAUCUGAUGAAGAUAAUAAGCCGCUCUCACAGGUUUAUGUUAAAGCUUUCUCUAAGCAGAACAACGGAGAAGUCAAAUUCUUUAAGGAUGGAUACACUGAUAUCAGAGGAAAAUUCGAAUAUGCUCAAAUCAAUUCAAAGAAGCUCGGCUCAGUUACCAAGUUUGCUAUCUUGGCGAUGAGUGAUAAUCAUGGAUCUACUACAAGAGAAGCUAAGGUUCCUCCAAAUGUGGCUACAACUGAUGCUAGUGAUGUUAAGUUCCUGCCAGCAAGCCAGAUGAACAAGUGGAAGCAACAGAAGAACAGAGCUGCCAAUAGAAAGACAAGAAAGGGUUAA